AUGACUUUGAAGCUCAUCUCUUCGGGAAAAUUUGAUUCGUAUGAUAAAAUUUUUAAGGAAUGGGAACAAAUGGGAAUCAUAGAACAAGUGUCUAGUAAUACAAAUGUAAAAAAUUUAUCUGACAUAAAAUGCCGAUAUCUUCCUCACAGAGCUGUUUAUAGAGAGUCUAGUUUAACAACUAAAAUACGGCCUGUAUUUGAUGCUUCCUCGAAAGACGAAAAUUCUGUUUCCUUAAAUCAAUGUUUAGCUACAGGUCCAAAUUAUAUUGAAUUGAUUCCUUUCGUUCUAAAUAAGUUUCGCAAAGAAAAAAUUGGCGUCAUUUCUGACAUCCGCAAAGCAUUCCUUCAAAUAAGCGUGUCCCCUUCUGAUAGAGAUUUUCUUCGAUUUCUUUGGUGGGAAGAUUUUGAAAAACGCAAAAUUAAGAUAUACAAACAUUGCAGAGUGGUAUUCGGCCUUACAUCGAGUCCGUUUUUGCUCAUGGCAACCAUCUAUCACCAUCUGGAUAAAAUGAACGAAAUUGAAAAUUAUAUCGCUGUGAAAUUGAAAGAUGCAUUUUACGUUGACAAUGUAGUGACAAGCGUUGAAAACAUAUGGGAAUUAGAGCGAUUUUCAAAGACAGCUUGUCAAAUUAUGUCUCAAGCAGGGUUUGAGCUUACGGGUUGGGUUUCUUCCUCACAGGGUGAAAAACAAAAUCUAGAUUUAAAAAAAUAUAGAUAUUCUCCUGUUCUCGGACUUUUAUGGCAACCCAAUUUAGAUACAAUAACAUGUGAUAUUAGCAGCGUCACAACUGAAGUACAUAACAAAUGUACAAAACGGCAACUUUUGUCGAUUGCACAAAAAAUAUUUGACCCAAUCGGUUUUACCACACCCGUGACGCUCAUUCCAAAGCUUCUAAUGCAAAGAGCAUGGAAAAAUGAUAAGCUGGGAUGGGAUCAUAAAAUUCCAUCUGAAAUAGUGGAGGAAUUUAAAAACUGGCUAUCCAGCUUAGGAUUUUUGAAAUUAAUUCAAAUUCCGCGUUAUUUUGGAGGAUUAAUUAAUAAAUCAACUACUACUAUUCACAUGUUUAGUGACGCUAGUGGGAAAGCCUUCACGGUGUGCGUAUUUUUGCGAAUUGAAUGCGAAAAAGAAGUUCAAAUUAAAUUAGUGCAGGCAAAAUCACGUGUCGCUCCUCUAAAAAAGGAUCCCAUCACCAAAAUCAAAACUGAAAUGUCUAUUCCAAAAUUGGAACUUUUAGCUGCACUGAUAG